AUGCCGCUCUACAAUAUACUCGUCAUCGCGGCGCACAACCCGCAAUACAUCCACAUCAAAGAACUCGUCCGCCAAUCGGCGCUACAGAUUCUAGAUAAUGGAGGAGUCGUGCGUUCGUUGAACUACAUGGGAACACAGACGCUACCGCAGAGAAUGAGGCGGCAUAAGCAGAUUUUCGAGCAUGGAGACUACUGGACGAUGUCCUUCGACGCCUCGCCCAAGUCACAAAAGAGCCUGAGCUCCAUCCUGAGGAAAGAUCCUCGCGUCAUCCGGAGCACGGUCAUCAAAAUGGGCGAACGACCCGAAGAGCUGAUCGGUUCGUCUCUUCUUUCUCCUUUCUCCUUUCUCCUUCAUUCUUCCUCCUAA